AUGGCGCAACAGUUCGUAAAAGCUCAGAUUAAAGCCGACAAAGUGGUGGUGUUUAUGAAGCCCACAUGUCCCUACUGCAUCACGGCCAAAGACGUCUUGUCAAAGUACAAGUUCAAAUCGGGGCAUUUGGAGUUUAUCGACAUAUGCGGACGCAGCGACAUGGGCAGCAUCCAGGACUACUUCCUGGAGCUCACCGGAGCCCGCACGGUCCCGCGGGUCUUCAUCGGGGAUGAGUGUAUCGGAGGAGGCAGUGACGUGGCGGCCCUGGCCAAAAGUGGAAAACUGGAAGGCAUGCUGCAGUCUAUCGGGGCCCUGCAGUGA